CCAGCCUACGUCAAGAAAACAACAGGAAGCUGAAGCAGAAGGAGAUUCUGACACAGGAAGGAGAGAAGUUUUGAAGCAGUCAUACAUGAACUACGUUUCACAGGGACUAUCAGUGAAUUUGUCCACUUUGCAUUCUCCAGAUCUCCACACAAACCAGAGACAGGAAAACAGAACACGCAUUUUGGGCAAAUAUAUCUUAGUAGCUUGUUCCUUUGCAGAGUGUAUUUUAUGGUUACAGAGUGACGUGUUCUCUGAAGCAAGAUGGUUCAGUGGGAAGUUUAUGAUGUGCCGAUGUGAAGCUGGUGAGUGGGCUUGGACACCGCGUGUGCAGGCGUGUGGUUUAGAAAUGGGAUGCAUCAGCGUUACCCCUCGGUGCUGCAGAAACUCCGCAGAACAGGAACAGGAGGAUCUGGUACAAAUACCAAGCUUCAGACACUCCCCCCCUGCAGUGAGUGACCGAGAUGUUACCUCACCCCCAGAGCUGGGUAGACUGAUAGAGCCGGUGCAGACUCAAUAUUCGCCAGGUGACCACGUGUUUGCCGAUCGUCUGGAAGAGCUGUCCCGGGUUGAGGUACUAUGGGGGAAGUCACGUGGAGAUCUGGAGAAGAUUAUCUGCACGGAACCUAUUCUAGGCUGGGAAGGAGAGAACAUCACAUCCCUGGGGGAGGUCGUGUGGUCAUCCUCAGUGGUGCUUCACAACAAAUACACUGAGGUGAAGAGCAGGAGGCACCUCGUCCUCUUCCCCCUGCAUCUGCUGAUUCUGGCUGUGGACGAUGAGACACAGAGGUUCCUCUAUCAGGGCCUGCUGCCUCUGUCAGGGAUUUCAGUCAGAAUGUUAGUGGAGAACACGUUUGAAAUUACAGGUUCAAUGUUUGACUCCAAGAUAAUAAUGUGUUCCAACGAGGAAGAGUUCCGAAUAUGGAUGGCCCAUUUACCAAGGAGAGUGAAGAAGGCUUCCCUCUAUCGACCCCAUAAACAGCACAGACUGGAAAUGCUGAUUCCCUGCGAUGAAGCGUGGAAGAGGCUGGAGCUCGAGAAGUACCUACGGCAGAACCCUAUCCGGGGUUGGGAAGGAACUCCCAUUCAGCACAUGGGACACAUUGUCUAUCUGUCCAUGGUGCAAAUCCGCUUUGCACACAGCCAGAGAUUUGAGGAAAGAAUCAUGGUUUUAUUUCUGGAUGAUCUUAUUAUACUUUCCACUGAUGAGCAGAAAACUGCUGUUCAGUAUGAGGGCAGACUUCCUACACAAAGCAUCAGAGCUUUGGAAAGAUCAGCACGAAUUGGACACCUGGAAUUUGAAAUUAGAGGAGAAAUGAUGGAACCCGUGCAAGUCUCCUGUGCCAGGCCCAGUGAAUAUAAAAAGUGGUUUUUCCACCUACAGAAGCCCGACCACAGCACCAGCACGCUGCCCUUUAACCGACAACCCCCACCCCGACUGCCGAAAAAGAGGAGCAGCUGCCACUACUAGAGCUUCGUUUCACUGAGCCACGACGCGAGAAACAACGGCUUCGUCCAGAUGCACAGAGAUGGCUGUUGGAUCUGAACCCUGGGUUACUAAGUUGCCAGGUCACCUUUUAUUGUUGACCACAGUGUCACAUAACAUGACCAGAGAUGUGGUAUCAGGGAGUAUACCAUCAAUUACCUCAGACACAGAUUCCAGCAGCCCACAGACACUGAUCCCAGCAGCAUGCACUGAUCCCAGCAGCACACACUGAUCCCAGCAUCCCAGACACAGAUCCCAGCAGCACGCACUGAUCCCAGCAUCCCACAGACACAGAUCCCAGCACACACUGAUCCCAGCAUCCCACAGGCACAGAUCCCAGCAGCACACACUGAUCCCGGCAUCCCACAGACACAGAUCCCAGCAGCACGCACUGAUCCCAGCAUCCCACAGACACAGAUCCCAGCAGACGCACUGAUCCCAGCAUCCCACAGACACAGAUCCCAGCACACACUGAUCCCAGCAUCCCACAGGCACAGAUCCCAGCAGCACACACUGAUCCCGGCAUCCCACAGACACAGAUCCCAGCAGCACGCACUGAUCCCAGCAUCCCACAGACACAGAUCCCAGCAGACGCACUGAUCCCAGCAUCCCACAGACACAGAUCCCAGCAGCACGCACUGAUCCCAUCAGCCCAUUGACACAGACUCCAGCAGCAAGCACCGAUCCCAUCAGCCCAUGGACACAGGUCCCAGCAGUAUACACUGAUCCCAUCAGCCCAUGAACACAGAUCCCAGCAGCACACACUGAUCCCAGUAGCCCAUGAACGCAGAUCCCAGCAGCACACACUGAUCCCAGCAGCCCAUGAACACAGAUCCCAGCAGCACACACUGAUCCAGUAGUGGACAGACACUGACCCCACAGAAGUUGAGGUGUGACAAAUGGAAAACUGUUGCAGGUGAUUUUGGGUUCAGUACACCUGCCCAACAAUCAUCUCAGUCACACCCAGUUCACAUGAAGUGCGCUUUUUCUUAAAUGAACAGCUAUUUGUUAAUGAAUCUUCAACCUUCUGUUUCUAAAGGUCCUAGUGUCGAAACUCGUUCAUUUUCAAAACAGGAAGCGUAUCAUUUCCUGCCAGUCAAAGUUGUUUGUGCAGGAUUGUUCUAGCUCUGUACCAACAGCUUUGCAGAUUAUUGUGUAAAAGAUUCUUACCCUCAUGAGGAAAGCGUAACUGUGAACUAACCUCUCCACUUUACAAUUCGCUAGGCACUAGUACUGACUCGCAACGGGUGUCUGUACUGUAGUACUGACUCGCAACGGGUGUCUGUACUGUAGUACUGACUCGCAACGGGUGUCUGUACUGUAGUACUGACUCGCAACGGGUGUCUGUACUGUAGUACUGACUCGCAACGGGUGUCUGUACUGCAGAUUUGGACAAUAAGUUUGAAAACGUUUUGUGCUAUGAUUCUGGUCAUGAGUACAGAAGCCAGCAGCUUCCCCGAGGGUGAAUGGCCUCUGGAUUGAGGAAGAGAUACCCGUGGAGUGAUGAGGGUUUGUCUCACAGGUUGAAUGGGGAGGGAAGAAUAAUAAAAAGUUCUGAAAGAAGUUAUUUUGUAGUCGCUGAAGCAAUACUUGUGGAGAGCAUCAAGGAGUAAGGCUCAUUCGUGGAGACCACACAGUCUCGAUGGGCCAAAUGAUCAAAUGAUUGCCAGUGCUUCAGGCUUCUUGGUGUUGGCUGAAUGAAAACUCUUCCAAGCUCAUCAUAUCGCAUUUAGAGACAAGAUAGGUGUUGUAUGCUGAGCUUUGCACAAGUCUACAGAUCCUCCUUCACCCCAUCAUGGCACCAGCUGCAGAGUGGGGAUGACCAUCAAACCUCACCUAUUUCACCCUUUCCCCUGAUGGACCAUCCUUUCCCCUGAUGGCCCAUCCUUUCCCCUGAUGGUCUAUACUUUCCCCUGAUGGUCUACACUUUCCCCUGAUGGACCAUCCUUUCCCCUGAUGGUCUAUACUUUCCCCUGAUGGUCUACACUUUCCCCUGAUGGCCCAUCCUUUCCCCUGAUGGUCUACACUUUCCCCUGAUGGACCAUCCUUUCCCCUGAUGACCCGUCCUUUCCCCCGACAGUCCAUAAUAUUGUGCAGUCUUUAUUUUCCUUCUGCCUUCUGAAGUGAAUUCACUCCUGUGCUCCCACUCUGGUCAUUAUCACCUUUGUGUUUGUAGGGACUUUCUGUGAGUAACCUGGCUUCGUCCUUUGUCAAGUGACCACAGUGACAGAGUACUUCUUUGGAUGUAAAAUGUAUUGGAGGUGAAUUAAUGCAGUAUUUGCACCCUCCUACCUGUAUCUUCAGUCCCAGUGAGACAAUGAGUAGAUCCCACCGACUGGGUGUGAGAUAUAGCUGCCUCACACCCUGCCUGUCACUGGACGUCAUUCUGGGCUCUGGUUAAGUCAGAAAUAUUCCUGUGGUCGAUGGAAAUAUUAAAUCAGGGGUUUGAGACUGCUCGUAGCAAGGGAGAGGGUUACAGGCAGCAUUGGCAGUGUGAUGUGUGGGCAGACACAGCAAAAACAGGAUCAGAGAGAAUAUGCAUGCUGAUUCACACCCAUCAAUGGCACAGAGCACAUGGAGUGGGGUUUAAUAUGUGAUCUGGUCACCUCCUACCACUUCCUUCAAUUUCCCUCCAUGGCCAACACAGGUGAUGAUGUCAUUAGUGUAGACGGAGUGUGUUACUCGCAUGGACUGAAACAGCCUGCGGAAAUCAUACACUGAAGCCAGCUUCACAAGACAGAACCUACCUGUGACCAACAACUGCUCAUCUCUUCAGUUGUCCAAACACCUCCUGUGGUGAAGUCACUGUUCAUGCAAGGGUUCUCUUAAAUAAAGACAUUUCAAUUUGAAGUAAUUCUCUAUGCACUACUUAUUUCAUUCAAACUGUUGUCUUCUCAUUUCCCACUGACUGGCUGAAGAAAUAAACUGCUCAGGUGCAAUACCCUUUGCCCCAGACCUCACCCCCAACCCCACAGUGUCACUCACUAACCCACUGACCCCCUCACCCUCACACUCAAACCUCACCUGCUGAUUCCAGACCCUCACACGCUGACCCAUAACCCUGGACUCAAAGCCUUACCCGCUGACCGCUGGGCCUUCAUUUUCUGACCUCAGAGUAGAUGGGACGGGAGGAGAUGGGUCUGUAGUGGGGGUGGAAUUAGGGUGUGAUGGGAACAGGGGACAGGACUGGUGUCAAAGGCAACAGUUUCUCAGCAGAUACCACCCAUCCUUUCUCCCUGCUCCUGUGAUAGAGAUAGAUCAGCCGGCUGUGUGGUGUCACAACAACCUCAUAUUCAAGAUUAGCACGAUCAAAGAACUAAUGGCAGACUACAGGAAGGGUAAGUCAAAGAACACAUCAGUCGUCAUUGACUGAUAAGCAGGUUCAAGAUCCUGGGUGUCAACAUCUCUGAGGAUCUAACCUGGGCCCAACAUAUUGAUGCAAUUACAAAGAAGGCACAUCAGCAGCUACAUUUCAUUAGGAGUUUGAGGAGAACUGGUGUGUCACCAAAGACUCCAUCAAAUUUCUACAGACGUACCAUGGAGAGCUUUCUGACUGGUUGCAUCACCGUCUGGUGUGGA